AUGCAGAAUGAUCUAAAUUCAUCUUUGAUUUCAGCCCAGAAUAAAUAAACAAUAAUGGUCAUUGGAUUGCAACAAGCUGGAAAGACCACGCUUGUUUAGAAAUUUAAGGCUAUAAAUAAAAAGCUAUUCUAAGAAUCAAAGAUUUCAGAUUACGAGAUUGAAUUAAUUGAUACGCCAACCUACGAUUCUUUCUUUACGUUGUUACCUUUUAGGGAUCCAAAAGUUACAGGAUAUAUCAUUAUAUUUUGUGAUUAAAAUACAGACAUUUUGAAAUCUAUCAAGUAAAUUAGGAAAAAGCUAUUUACAAAUAAUGGCUAGCAUAAAAGGACUAUAAUAAUUUUGAAUGAAUAUAUAAAAGAUAAUGGGUCUUCUCAAAUUCAAGAGGAAAUUAUGAAUAUCAAAUAUUGGUGUAAACAAUAGGAUAUUAUAUUUUGCUAAUUAGAUGUAAGCAGAGCAUCACCUAAAGAAAUACUCCGUGUAUUUGAAAGGAUGUACAUGAAAAGAAUACGAACUACUUUGAAAUAGAAAAUAUUUAUCAUUCUGUAGUUUGCAAUUGCAAUGUAUGUUUUUCUAUUUGCAAUUUGGCUGUCUAUUAAGGAUCCAUCUUUAAUUAUAAGUAAUAUUUCAUUGGAGAUCUACUGCUUAGCAUUGCUAUGCUUAGGAAUUUCACAUAUUUUCAUUCCAUAUUUUUUGAGAAAAGGAAUAAAGGAUUCAAAUACUUAAUGCAUUAAUAGAGUAAACAACAUUUAGUUAGUAAGUCCAAAAUUUUCAGUUGUAUAGUUACUGUUAUCUCAGUAAUAACCCUGAUUAUUGCCUCCACGUUCUUCACGCUGCUAUCCUGCCUAAUAAUGUCUAUACUUUUCACGUUUAAUUCAGUUCUUUGCAUAUUUUUUACAUUUUAUUUAUGAAAAGUUAUUGUUGUUAAGAUCAGAAAAUGAUUAUUUAUACAAUCAUGUUAAACUUGAAUUAAUAUGA